ACCGUGUGUUUACGGUUUCAGAAAUGAUAAUAAUUUUAUUUUCGAUUCAGUAAGACAUAUAGGAAGGACUAAACUUUUGUCGGGCAUAACACAUGUACACUGAAAGUUUACUUCAUGAUUCUUGUCAUUAAGCGAAAAAAGAAUAUCCUAACAAAUUCCAUGGAUGGAUAAAGAUGGCCUCCUACAAGACAAUUUUGGAAGAGAGGGAUAAUCAGAAUUGGUUUAAAUCCUCCCUUGCCCUUCGGAUUACCAAAUCCGGACUACGGGGUCUUGCUGAGAAUGGCAGCAGUCGAACACAACGAAAUAUACACUCAUCAAUAAUACAGACAAACGAGCUUAAUCCAGGGACAAAAUGCAGCCAGUGCCUGACAGAAAAUCUCUUCCUAUGUCCUACCAGGGGACUAUGUUCAAAUCCACGGAAUUGCAAAUUCCACGAUACUCCAAACAAGAUGCAAAGGCCAUGUACUUCUCAGAUAUGUGGAGACUUCAGAAACGAGAUAGUAAGUGUUCAUCGGUUCGGCAACCCUUCAUGGAAAAACACUCGGGCUGAAAUGUGGUGUACCAACCACUGGGAGGUGGCAAAGUGUUUUAUGGGACCAGGCUACCAAGACGUCAAGUCUUUUGAUGAUACGGACUUAAAUGGCGUGAUUAGCUUGAUGUUGAAUUGCAAGGAAUUCAAAGACAACUUUUCUUUUUCCGUCGCCAGUGACCCGAAUUUACUGACAGAGGCUCGAGAUGUUGGUCGAAAACUCCGCCAUUCCCCAGAUCUGAAGGUAUCCGACGCUGAAUUAGCAGAGUAUUUUCGCGUAUUGAUUGAACUGCUUAUGGAUCCACAAUACCUUGCAUUCGACACGAGUGCACAGGAGGCAAUACAGAAACUUCUACAGUUAAACGAUGACAACCUGCAUAUAUCAACGGAAGACGUUUAUAAAGUACUACAAGAGACUAAAGUGGUCAUAGAAACUGGGAAACUUCAGCUGGAAAGAUCAGUUACGGACGGCAUGAAUGAAGUAAUUAACCAAACUAAACAGUCCGUAUCCCAGGUUGUCGAAGAGUCCAAAAUAUGUCAGCGUGAAAUAUACAGUCGCACAAAUGAAGGUCUGCAAGUACUGGACAAGGCAGUAGAAGAGGCAACUGGUAAAAUCCAGGCAGCAUCAUUGAGUUUGACUGCUGAACAAGAAGAAGAUCUGCGACAACGUUUAGCUAAAUGUUAUCUCAAAACCCUUCAUAGUGUGCCAAUAUCGCCAUUUGUCCUUGAAAAAGACGAGAUGAUUGAAAGGUUUUACGUCUCCCCAAAGAUCUUUCAAAAGGAGAAAAAACGAAAUAAGUCAGCCGUAGCUGAAAUCCCAAUACCGGUUAUACGUUAUAGAGAGGUCCUGUGUAAAGGUGAAAUUUUUGUUGGAAGAAUUUUUCUUGUAGGUGAAGCGGGAAUGGGAAAAUCGACGUUCACUGCAAAAAUUGCUCUUGACUGGUCAAGACAAUGGAUAUUACCAAAGAAGGCAACAAGAUUUUCCGGAAAUUUCAAGCUCAAGAUAUUUCAAGAUGUUGAAACACUGGAGAACAUCGAGUUUCUUUUCCAUGUUACUCUGAAAGAUGCUGGGAAAAUGUGCUGCUUGACUCAAUAUGAGCCAUAUGAAACUAUGGAGGCUUUCAAAAUGGCAAUGCAUGUUCUGUCUAGCAGAGCCUGUGUGAUAGUCGCAGACGGUUUAGACGAGUGGACCCAUCCUUCUGACCUUGAUUGCUCAUGCAAAGAAAACGACAAAGUGCUUCCAUUUCUGCCACCAAACAUUGACGCGACCGUUUUAAUUACCACCAGGCCUUGGAGAAUGGCUCAACAUCCAGUCCGUUACUCUGAAAUAGAUACGUUGUUAAGUAUUGAAGGAGUAGAUGACCCAGAUCAACUUGUUCGAAACGUAAUUCAAUGUCUGGAUGGAGAUAUAGAUCUGACAGUCCGUUUUCAACGGUUUAUGUCUUACGUGAAAACCAAACAUAUGACCAACUUCUUGUCGAUACCGAUCAUUGUGAUGAUGCUUGUGUGUUUGUGGUUUCAGGGGGACGAGGAAUCAUUUUCCCUUUGUGACAUAUACGCCCAUAUGGUUGACAUGAUGUUUAGAAAGACACAAUGUAUCGAUUUUCUUUGCCAGGCAGAUGUUGUAUGUCUACCUCGCUGUUUUCGUGAUGCCACGAAAUUGCCAAAAAUACUCUUUAAACUGACAUACCUUGCGUUUAGUAAGCUAUAUGCAUCAGAUCGCUCACAGUCGGUUGUGUUUAGGGAUGUUGAGCAAUUGACAAGAGAAGAUUUAGUUUACCUGCUAAAGACCGGUGUCAUUCGUGAAACAAAAGCACAUUCCUUGAUAAAGAACACGUCAAGUUUCUCUUUUAUUCACAAAACAGUUCAGGAGUUUCUCGCUGCCUUGCACGUGUCUAUUCAUCCUGAUGCGUUUGAUAGCGUUUGACACCUUUUCAAAUCAAACACAAACAUUGCAGACGUAACCGUCGUAAACAAUAUUUUUACAAUAUCAUAAACAUCGCAUUCAAUUAAGGAUGAUAUGGUAUAAUGUUAAUUCUCAAAACGUUUAUGUCAACAUCGGUUGACGCCUUGGGGGACAUAACCUUUCUCGGGUUUACAUUUCAUGCCAAAACCCUCUAUUGCAUCUGAUAUAUAUGUAAACAUUAAUAAUAAUCGCUAGUCUAUCAGGCAUUAAACCUGACCACCGUUAUUGACGGCAAAAACAAAUCUUUGACGGUAAAGAAAGGAUUUGAGGUUUUGCCAAUAAAGUUGGGAGUUCAGAAAGCGGAAUACAUACUAUUGCGAUUUAGAAGGAAAUUUCUCUUUUAAAAGUUAUGACAACUACCAAGUCGCUAUAUUUAGAUGGCGAUGACAUAUUUAAACCCGAAAAAAAAUGAAAUUUUGAGUGAAAGGUUC